AUGGCUCGCGAGUUUUACGAAUCUCUCUGCGCACAGCAAGAGAUAAAAAUAAAUCCACUUAUUGUAGAAGUUUUAGAGAAGACGACGCUGACGGAGAAUUUCACCUUGAAACUGGCAGGAAACAACCGACUGAGACGCGUUCAAAGACUCAACGAUGAAGACGUUCUCAUUGUCUGUAAAUGUCUGAAAAACAAGUGUGUGACAGGUCUUGAUGUGAGGUACAAUAACAUCACAGAUGAAGGGGUUGGACACCUGGCCGACCUCUUACAGGAGGAGAACUCAGCUCUGCGCUGUUUGGACCUGAAGUUCAACAACAUCCUGACAGACGGAGCUGAAAUCCUCAGCAAGAGCCUGCAGUGUAACCGCACCUUGCUCUCCCUCAGGCUGUCAGGUAAUAAGAUCGGGAACAGGGGAGCCAUGCACCUGGCCAGCAUGCUGCAGGUGAACAACACCCUGCAGGAGCUAGAGCUGGCUGACUGCGACCUGGCCACUCAGAGUGUGAUCGCGUUCACCAUCGUGUUGAAAAGCAACAAGAGUCUUCGCUCUGUUGAUAUCAGCCGGCCGCUGCUCUUCAGCCACCAGGAGGAGUGGGCGGUGCACUGCUCUGAGAUGCUGGCUCUGAACAGCAGCCUGGUGGAGCUGCACCUGGGGAAGAUGGGGAUGACCGACACCGGGAUGGAGAGGCUGAGCGAAGGCCUGAGGCUCAACCACAGCCUGCGCUACCUGGACCUGCGCUGCAACCGUGUGACUCGUGACGGCGUGCACCAUCUCGCCGAGGUGCUGAAGCAGAACCCGACCCUGGAGAUCAUAGAUCUGUCGUCCAAUCGGAUUGAAGAUGAGGGCGCUGUGUACCUGAGUGAAGCCAUCGCCUGGCCACGCUGCGCCCUGAAGGAGCUGUCUGUCAACAGUAACAACAUCAGGACGGAGGGUCUGCUGUCUUUGACUCAGGCUAUGAAAACUAACACAACUCUGACGCACAUCUACAUCUGGGGAAACCUACUGGAAGAGCCUGUCUGCCAGGCCUUCAGAGAGCUGAUAACCAGCGGCCGCCUGCUGCCGCAGCACACAGACGUCAGCGCGUACGAGGUGGACGGUCGGGUGUUUCUCGCCGAGGUCUUCCAGAAUUUGAGGAGAAAUUAUUACAGCACAGACUGCUCUGGUACAGAAACACACUCCGACUCAAACCCCGCUGCCGGGCCAGACUUCACCUCUGCACGGCUCAUUGAGAACCAGCAGCUCGUUCCUCUGCAGCCCUACUGA